GACGACGACAACAACGACGACGACGAAACCCUAGAAGAGAAGUGAGAAACUAUCAAUAUCUACGUACACUUUCUUUCCGUUUUUGGAAAGGGAAUUUGGUUUAAGUUUUCAAAAACAAAAAAAAGCUUUUAUCAUAAAUGCAGAGCAUAAAGCGCUUACCAAGAAAUGUCCAUGGUCCGCUACAUUCGAGUGUUGUAUUGUUUGAUCUACCAAGGGUUGUAGAAGAGUUGAUAUAUAACAGUGUUGAUGCAGGUGCUAAGAAGGUUGAUGUAUUCAUAAAUGUCAAAGCAUGUUAUGUGAAAGUAGAAGAUGAUGGUUGUGGUAUUACACGAGAAGGAUUGGUCAUUCUGGGACAGAAAUAUGCAACUUCCAAGUAUCACCUCAUAAAUGAAGCGGAACAUGAUACUGGAAAGGUGAGUUUCAAAGGAGAAGCAUUGAGUUCCCUUUCUGAUAUUUCUUUGGUGGAAGUUAGGACAAAAGCUCGUGGUAGGCCAAAUGCAUACUGCAAGAUUAUAAAGGGUUCAAAAUGCUUAUUUCUUGGGAUAGAUGAUCAGAGGGAAGCUGCGGGAACCACGGUUAUUGUUCGAGAUCUAUUUUACAACCAACCAGUUCGGAGGAAAUGCAUGCAUUCUAGCUUAAAAAAAGUGCUCCAUUUGGUGAAGAAAUGUGUACUUCGAAUUGCUCUUGCCCAUCCACAAGUUUCAUUCAAGGUUGCAGACAUUGAGAGUGAUGAAGAGUUGCUUUACACGGUUCCUUGUUCGAAUCCUUUGCCACUAGUAUCUGAUGCUUUUGGGGAUUCUAUCUCCAACUGUUUACAUGAAAUUGCUUCCUCUGAUGAAGUAAUGAUUCUUUCUGGAUACAUAUCUGGACCAUCUGAUGCUUUCUCUACCAAGGCUUUCCAGUAUCUUUAUAUUAACUCGAGAUUUGUCAGCAAAGGACCAAUUCAUAAUUUGCUUAAUAGUAUGGCAGCCAGUUUUCAGUGUUCAUUGGCCCAGAAGAGUGAUAAGCUUGAGUUUCAAAGCAAGAAAAGGCAAAGGACACUUGGGUACCCGGCUUUCCUGCUCAACUUGUGCUGCCCUAUUUCUAGCUAUGACUUAAAUUUUGAACCUUUGAAGACAGUUAUAGAAUUCAAGGACUGGAAUACUACUUUGUCUUUUUUUGAUCAAGCCAUCACAAAAUUUUGGAAACAACUAUUAGUACUCUCAUCACAAGGAAAAUCAACUGAUGCUAAAGCUGGCCUAUCUUUAAAAAGUGAACUUCCAAAUGAAGACAUACUUGAUAUGGAUGUUACAAAGAGCUCAUGUACGAGAAAGAAGAAAUGCAGUAUCAACUUAUCUCGGUGCUCCCUUUCCUGUAGCCCGGUUACUGCUCCGCUGGAUUUCACAGUGCAAGAUAAAAAUGUUAAUUGGAAUGAUGGAAUACUGCCUAUAAAUAUUCAAAGUUUUUCCUUGAACAGUUCUCCUGCUUCUCCCUGUGUAACUAGUGGAACAAAAACUCUUUUCAAAUCCAUAGAUGACCAAAUGGCUUGUGCGGACAGCAGUUCUCAUCAGUGGUUAGCCGAUAGCUCUUUUUUACUAGAGAAUCAUAUCCCUUCUAAUCUUACUCCCAAGGUUAUAGAAAAGUUUGAGAAAGCAAAUUUCAUGCAGAAAAACAUAACUCAAAGUAAUUUUAGAAGUUUGAAUGAAGAAUUAUAUCAGAGUUUACAGACCGAUACCCCACAGUUCAAAGCGGGCAUGCAAAAAGACCGAUUUCCACGUCCCUGUCUCAGCAUGAAAGGAACAGGUACCGCAGCUGAUAGUGGUCUUGGUAUCAAGUUUGAUAAGCUCAGGGAGGAUUUUAUACUUCACGACUCUUUUGAUGCUAUAGAAGCCGAUUAUCAACCUCGAACUUCGAGUCUAGAGAAUAGCAUUCAUAAAGAAUAUGUUGACACCUCCAGUAAUUGGUCCAGCAUCUUUAGAAAAUGCCAAAAAGCUAGGGGAUUGGAUGGGUCAUCAAGUUCUUGUGAUCACUAUUUGUUUGCAAAGAGCGACCUACAGAAUACAGCCCCAGCUAGGAGACUUGGCUGUAGAUAUGGAUCUUCUGAUAGGGAUUGGUUAGUAGUGGAUUCCCCUUGUUCUUUGAAUGCUAGAUCACAUGAAGUGAUUUUUGACAGUGUAAGAACUUCCUCUGAAUGGGAUAAGAGGUCAAGAAGUGUUGGUUCUCCAUGCAAUGGAAGAAUGGAAGGAAUUACUGAUAUUUAUAGAUCUACUUGGAACAAAAUAGUUGAAGAUUCACCAGUAAGCUAUAGAAAACAAGAACUGGAUCACAAUUCUCUUUUUAGCCCUGGGAGAGAAAUGCACUAUGAUUUUAGUUUGGAGGAUAAAGCAUUGGAAGGUGGCUAUGCAUCUGGUAAGUCAAGCGAGGAGAUGGGUUUGUCAACUUCUGGCUCUCUUGACCUUUUUCCAGAGUCAGAAAUUUCCCGAACCCAAGAUCAUGAUAUGUUGGGUGAAUUUUUUUCGAAUAAACUACAAAAUUGUCGUCCAUCGAGGUCUCACAUGGUCAGAUCAAGAAGUCAUUCUGCUCCGCCUUUUCACAGAGGCAAGUGUAAAUUUUCCAUCAUAAAUGAUUGCCUGACCAGAACAGCAGGAAGGAGGCAUAAUUCUCAGUCCACCAAAAUUUUAACAGAUAUAGAGGCUAUAUCCUCAGCGGACAAUGCAGCUAUUUCAUCAGUGGACAAUUUUUCACAAGUAUAUGCAUCCGAGCUUUAUAGGAAGCCUGCUAUCAGCAAGUCUACUGAGCUAAAUCUCAGUAAUAGAGACAAGCAUGAUGAAAAUCUGAGAACACAUAAAAUAAAGAGGUCCUGUCCCAGUGAAAUUGAAUGUACUACUGCUGAACUGACUAAGUGGCGGGAUGGAUCAGCACAAUCUACAGUUGGAAACUUGCCAUGUAAUUCUACCGAAAGCACUGGCGAUAUCCUGGACAUUUGUUCUGGUCUUUUACAUAUGUCUGGUAGUUCACUAGUCCCUCAGAGGAUGGAUAAGGACCUUCUCAUAGACACAAGAGUUCUUCUUCAGCUGGAUAGGAAAUUUAUUCCUGUGCUGGCAAGUGGAAUUCUCAUCAUUGUAGAUCAGCAUGCCGCUGAUGAAAGAAUUCGUCUGGAAGAGCUCCGCAGAAAGGUCUUAUCUGGUGAAGGUUGUGGAAUUACUUACUUGGAUGCUGAGGAGUUGGUUCUUCCUGAGAUGGGUUUUCAGCUACUGCAUAAGUAUGAUGAGCACAUACUGAAAUGGGGUUGGAUCUGCAGUAACUCAAAUCAGUCCUCUGAGGCUUUUGCAAGGAACAUGAACCUUCUAAAGGGACAUGCUGGUGUUGUCACUCUCAUUGCUGUACCUUGUAUUUUAGGUGUCAAUCUUACUGGGGAAGAUCUUAUUGAAUUCAUUGAGCAGCUUGUGGAGACAGACGGUUCCUCAACUCUCCCUCCUUCAGUUAUUCGUAUACUCAACUACAAAGCUUGCAGAGGUGCAAUCAUGUUUGGCGAUCCCUUACUACCUUCUGAAUGUUCUCUUAUCGUCGAAGAACUGAAGUCGACGUCGCUAUGCUUCCAGUGUGCUCAUGGGCGGCCAACCGCCGUACCUCUUGUGAACAUGGCGGCCCUCCACGAGCAACUGGGGAGGCUUGAAACACAGAUCGGGGGCCCGAGUCACGUGUGGCAUGGACUGUCCCAUCACACGCCGGGUAUCGAACGAGCGCAUAUGCGUCUCAACUCUAGCAAAAGGCUUCAGAAUCGUCGAUGACGAGAGAGAACGGAUGUUUCAACCUGGUUGUGCCGCGGCACGAAGUUUGAGAAGAUUGUUGUAUAUGUUGUGUAUGUUGCAUUUGGUUAUCAUUCAUUUGGAGAGGUCAAUAAAAAGAUAAUUCCAAAUAAUUGAACUAUUCUUUUCACCUCCUUUUGUAAAGCAUUAAUAGUGUGUAUAUGCGGCUCUUUAGCUUUGUGCGAUUCUUGAUAUUUGUAUAUUUUUUAAUUUUUUUUUAAUUCGUACUCAUGUCUCUUUAAUUAUCUGAAACUGUGGGAGUAAAAGAAUCAUCGACCUUCCUGUUUA